AUGGGAAAGAUCCUGCCGUUCUCGUCGGCAAAUCAGAAAAACGGUCGUGUUCGCCGCCAAGAUGACAUCCCCGAGAAGAUUCAAUACCCACGAUGCAUUAAUGUGGCCGGACUGACGGCCGAGGAUCUGCAGAGGGUCAAGGACGACCAAUUUCUGAACUGCGACACAAACAUCUUUGUCCAGUUCCGGAAAGGCAACACCAGCGGACUGGCCAUCGACCCGCCACCAUGCGAGGGAGCCAAUGACACUAAAAUCUGCACAAAUCGCCAUGGAGUUCCAGCGGAAACAACCCCGAUCCCUCCGACCACAGAAGCUGCUGCUCUAUCGAGUGAAACGCUGAUCGGGAUCGGGGCUGGUGUCGGCGGCGUCCUGCUGUUGUCGGUCUGCGGCGCAGUGUUGG